AUGCCGACGACAUGCGGCUUCCCGAACUGCAAGUUCCGAUCGAGAUACCGCGGCCAAGAGGAUAAUCGUCAUUUCUACCGCAUCCCCAAGCGUCCGCUUAUCCUGCGACAGCGCUGGUUGUUGGCCAUCGGGAGGACGGAGGAGACCGUCGUCAGCCAGCUCCGCAUCUGCUCGGCCCAUUUUGAAGGUGGUGAAAAACGUGAAGGUGAUAUACCAGUACCAGAUCCUACGGUUGACAAGCAGUUGACAAUCACGCUCCCGCCAAAAGAGGCAAAAUCCUCCGGGGAACGAAGACGUCGAAACAGUCCGUCAAUUCCGAGAAGUUUGGUGCCGAGAAAGAGGGUGCUGCCGGAUUUCUUUCACCAUCACCACCAUCACCAUCAUCAUCAACAUUUGCCGGUAUCGAUACAGCAACCAGAUUCGCCGCACUCCGAAUCGCUUGACAGUCCCACGAUCUCUACGAAUCCGCUGCAAGAGUUGCUAGCCAUGGCUGGCCGCGUAAACGGGCUGCAGGGGCGUCCCCUGGUGGCCCUGCUUGACGGCCGGGACUGCUCGAUCGAGAUGCCGAUCCUGAAGGAUGUGGCAACUGUCGCAUUUUGUGAUGCGCAAUACACCCAUGAGAUCCAUGAUAAGGUCCUCAACGAAGCUGUCGCCGCCCUAAUGUGGCAUUCCAUCCGUCUCUCCAAAGACGACUUGAAAAAGUUCAGCGCCCUGAAGCUGAUCGUCCGCAUCGGCACCGGUGUUGACAACAUUGACCUAAAAGCGGCAACGGAACUUGGAAUUGCCGUCUGUAAUACCCCAGCUGACUGCAUUGAAGAAGUGGCGGAUUCGACGCUUGCUUUCAUCCUCAAUCUCUACCGAAAAACCUUUUGGUAUGCCAAGGCGGUGGCAGAAGGACGAAAGGUUACAACCGCCGAACAAGUCCGAGAAAUCGGGGCCGGGGCACGACGAAUGCGGGAUGAGACAUUGGGAUUGAUUGGUUGCGGCCGCGUCGGAACUGCCGUUGCGCUACGGGCAAAAGCCUUCGGGCUAAAAGUUGCUUUCUACGACCCGUUGUUGCCGGAUGGCAUGGAGAAAUCGUUGGGGAUUGAGAGGUGUUACUCGUUAGAUGAUCUGCUCUACAAGGCCGACUGUCUCUCCUUACAUUGCCCAUUAACAGAAGACACCCGACGAAUUGUCAAUGAACAUACGAUAAAGCAGAUGAAACAAGGUAGUAUGAUCAUCAACACCUCAGCAGCGGGGCUUAUCAACGAGAUGGACUUGGCCCAAGCCCUCAAAUCUGGUCAUCUCCGAGCAGCAGCCCUCGAUUGUCAUGAGCCUGGGCCCUUUGACUCUCAUAUUUCGCCAAUCCUGGUUGACUGCCCGAACUUGUUGAGCACGCCGCAUUCGGCUUGGUAUUCGGAGAGUGCAUCGAAGGAACUGAGGGCAUCGGCGGCAAAAGAGAUCCGACGAGCCCUAACCGGUCGUAUGCCACAUGACCUUACAAACUGCGUGAAUAAGGAAGAGCUACUCGCGGCGGGACCUGGGCCCUCCUCGAGAAGGUCGACGAAUAACGCCACAGCUACCGUACACGCCCAGCCGGGGCCUUCCAGUUUUAACCCGACCACCCUUGCUAGCAUGAGCAAUUUUGGCUUCAACGGGCUGCCAAAUAUGAGCCAAUUCCCUUAUGGCAAUCCAAUGUUGGCAAUGACGGCUGGAGGGAUGAUGAAUCCAUUGUUAAUGAACGCCGGCAACCCACUCGCGCAAUUUGCAAAUAGCGCCGGCUCAGCAACUGCGGCAUUGAGUAGCUUGGUGGCUGCCUCGAAUGGUCAGAUGCCAAAUAGUCCAGCAAGGGGAUCGCCGAGACCCAAGUCAUCGAAUACGCCGAGUGCUAAGGGCGGAUCCCCGGCUGUAAAUGGUAAUUGCUCGGACGCUGGUUCAUCACCCUCUGAUGCUCCAACGCCAUCUGUAUCCAGCAAUAAUACAGCUCCGGUUGUAGACGAUAUCAAAAAGGAAGACGUUGAUGGCAGCGCCUCAACACCCGGUGCUAUUGAAGUCGACUCGAGU